UUUGCGGUUGCAAAAAAGCUUGUUGAACCGGUUUGUAGUACCGCAAACGUUGAUGUUUAAAAAAAGUAAUCAGAAACAACAGCUUAAACCCGAGUGACCUGAUAUAACUAUUAUCAUAUUGCAAAAUAUUUACUGCUGAGUUGAUGAAAGGAAAAGCUAGAAAUAAUUAUUCGGAUUAUACAAUGUUACUAAUGCAUCCAUAUUUCGCUCGCCCGCACUGCGUCUCAGGUCUGAAGAAUGAUCCGGUGCUAAAGACAAUUUUUAUUGCCGAGUGAUUUUUGCUCGGGGCAGGAGAAUGCGAAUAAAUCACCACUUUUUAAAACAGCAAAGUUAAAUUAGUAAAACAGCAAAGUUUGGCUGCAAAAUGUUCUGAAAUAGGGAAAUUAUAGCCUAAAAGAUUUUGCGACUUUUUCCUUCUCAACUGGAGUUCACUGAUUUCGUAGCAUGCUAUUUUUCUCGCAACAGCCGAGAGACCAUCACUUCGUUUGCAAUUUAAAUUUGAAAUACCUUGAACACUUGUACAAACAAGCUUACAUACACCAGCAAACAAGCGCCUGAAGCCGACAGCAUCGCCAUGCUGCAAUAAACCAUUCGAGCAAAAACUCAUUUUCAGCUUACAUAUUGCACAAUUGAAAAGGAAGGGCUGAAUUCAUAAAGUAUUGAAAUAAAGGUAUCGUAUUUAAAAGCUAUUUAAACUGGUCAUAUCAUAUUACGAUCUCAGUUGUGCUGUAUUAUACAAGAGUUCAAAUGUAAACAUUAGCUGUUAUUCAAAACAACAUGCUUUUUUGCUUUUCAUCGUUUUUUUAUUUAUCGCAAAUCUUAAAUCAUCAACCUUGACCUUGUCGCUCGCAUUUCGGGCUAACUGACUGACAAACGUUUCUACUUUCUAGUGUUUCUAAUUAUUUUCCUAAAUUUCUAAUUAUAUUCCCAACCGAUUUUUUAAAAUUAUAUUGAUUUAGCGAAUACUCGGAACCGAUCACAAAUGACUUUAGCCUAGGACGUACGGCAGCAGCUAGCUCCACUCCAAGAUUGUUAAGUUAUGAUCUUCGAAUAACUGCCGUGUAAAAAUAAAUAAAUGAAUAACCUGUAUGUUUAUAUGAAAUAACCGGUUUUGUAAAAAAAUUUGCAAUGGAAAUUACGCCGUUUUAAUAACAGUAUACUGCCUACUUCAAUUAACACAUUAAUCAUUAUGCUAGUGACCGCGUGAGGCAAUAUACCGAGACGGUAUGGAAUAAAUAUAUCCUUGAAAUAUCAGUCGUUAUGGGAAAGACAGUGGAUGAGAUUCUUGAGGUAAUCGGCCAGAUGGGUCGUUUUCAAAUCUCAAGGCUGGCCAUGUUUUGCUGUCUUGUGUUUGCACCGACAUUUCAUCUCCUCAACAUGUUCUUCAUCGGCGCCGAGGCACCAUGGCAGUGCGUCAAGAACAGCACAGAGUGCAAACUAAACGGAACCUUUGCUGCUGGCGAUGAUGAUUACAAUUUUAGAUGUAAUAUAAACAGAAGCGAGUGGGAAUUCGCCGAUUACGAAGGCCCUAAAGACUCCAUUAUUAGUCAGUUUGACCUGGUUUGCGACGAUGCUUUCAAAGGUUGGCUGGCGAAGUCCAUGGUCUACAUUGGUAUGACGGUGGUGACGAUACCUCUUGGAAUGAUAUCAGAUCGCUACGGGCGUUUGAUAACCCUCUACCCGAGCCUCUUCGUCAUAAUCUUCGUCGGAUUUGCGUCUGCCUUUGCCACCGAAUAUUGGCAAUUCUUAGUUUCGAGAUUCUUUGUUGGUUCUGUAAUUUACGGCGCGUAUUUUCCCAUCUUUAUUCUAUCUGGAGAGUUCGUUGGACCCAAGUACAGACCGCUCUCCCAGACAGUAAUGUGGUUUGCCUUCUCUGUAAUUCUACUGCUUCUAGCAUUGAUGGCGUUCUUCGUCAGAACAUGGAGAACUCUCAUGAUAUUGUGUAAUGCACCUUGGGUAUUCGUCUUCAUAUUUUGGAAAUUCACACCGGAGUCAAUCCGCUGGUACAUGACCCACGAGAAGAUUGAGAAAGCUGAAGGGGAACUCAGGGAUAUAGCGAGGGUGAAUAGAAAAGAAUAUCCCCAGGAGAUCCUUAAGAUCCCACCCUCUUCAACUAAAAGCCUCAGCUGUAUCGCUCUGUUUUCAUCUUGGACAUUAGCUAUUAGUGCUCUCAUUCAGGCCUUUACUUGGUUUAUCAAUGGUAUGGUAUACUAUGGUGCUUCGUAUGGUGCAAGUGAUCUUGGUGGUAGCAUGUAUCUGAAUUAUGCACUAACCAGUCUGAUAGAAAUACCAGCAAAUUUUUUGGUAGUUGACAAUUGUGAAAGGUUCGGACGUAAAAAAACAGUUAUUUUUCAUAUGAUCCUUGGAGGGAUUGCGUGUUUUGUAGUUUCCUUGAUUCCUGCUGGUGUUGAUAGAACAGAUUUCAUUGUUGGUCGUGUGAUUGGUGGGAUGUUAGGAAAAGGUUUCAUUACUGUGUCUUUCAACUCGAUUUACGUUUGGUCAGGCGAAAUCUUUCCUACCGUUGCAAGAAAUAGCGGCAUGGCAUUUGUUGGUGUCAUGAGCCGUAUUGGUGCUGUGAGCGCACCAUUUGUUGUUGAAUUGAAAAGAAUCCAUCCAACUUUACCGUUUGGACUGAUGGGUGGUUUGGCUGUCAUCGCUGCCCUGGGGUGUCUGAUUUUACCAGAAACACGUGGACGACCAACCGCAGAAGUUUACGACACCAACAACGACGCAGCCGAGGAGUUUAUUUUGCAGAGAAAUGGGCGAAAUGAUGACGAGGAAUCUCCUACGGAAGACGCUGGCAAAGGCACGGAAGCUUGAGUUGAGAACAUGCACAAAUUAACAGUUGCAGCAAUCAACUGGCUGCAAAGUUAUCGAUUAAACAAACUUAAUUCUUAGAAAUUCAAAACCUUAUUUAUAUCAUUUUCUUUCCUGCUCUUCAACAUGCAGACCUUAUAUCACGACAAACGGCUCGUCAGUAGCCAUUUAGGCUACUACUGUAUGUUCACACGAGCGUCGUUUUCGAGCGCUUUCAGAAUCGUUUUUGUCUGUCUUAUUGUUUUUAUGCCCUGUCCACAUGAUCCAAGGAAAAAUUUGCCUAAUUUGUUAAAUUAGCUUCAACUUCUAUUGUAAAAGUUGACGGUAUUUGAAACCGUUUUGGGAUGAAAACGAAUGUGAAAACGCUCGAAAGCGUUACCGUGUGCAUAUAUAUAGCUUUAGGUUCAUUGAAAUGACAACAUUAAGUAACAGGUUUCUCGCAAUUUGACAUCGCGGUCACAACAGUCCAGAUCACAACUUCGGUCACAAGUUCCUUUUCAAACUUUCAGAGUCAACCAAGCAAGUUACCUUGGCGAGGCUCGCCAAACGCAAUUCACCUGUUCUUUGCAUGCAAUAACAAAUUUAAUUACGUGAUGCUAAAAGCCAAUUUAAAAUAGAUUAUCCUUUACGGCGUAUAUUUGAAAGCUGAUAACGUGGUCGAUUAUUUAACAGUAAAAAAUUCCCAAUCGCGUAUAGUUUAAUGAUACCGCAAUGACCUUCUGACAUCGAGGAAGGUCGAAAGUGAAACACUGAAGUAUCGACCGUAUCUAUACAGUCAUAUACCAACCAGUAAACAAAAAUUGAAUUUCACCUUUUGUUUGCCCGUUCUAUAAACCUCAAAGAUUACAACACAAAGCUUGCUUCUGCAUUGUCUUGAAACGUUUUAAUUACACACGUCUCUCGUUUCCCACACGAGUUGCAGUUGUUUUUCAAAAUCAUCAACAUACCAAUAUACGUAAUUACAUAAAUACAGCUUAAUGCCGCCAUUACAAACAUGCUAAUGACAGUCAUGUAGGUUGAGAUCAGCACGCUUUUUUCUCUCAAUGAGUUCCUGUUUUUCUUUUGUCAAGUAGAGCUAUGGCAACAGUAAAUGAGUGAUAGAAAGCAAAGCUUUACGAGAGUCUCAUUAACUCUUAUGUCCUGGUCAAACGAGAAUGACAGUUGAUCAGAGUUAGCAAGCGAGAGUUUGUAUGAGAGUUUCAUCAGGUCGUGGGCGACCCCUUCCUAUCCUUAACGACCCCCUCCUAUCCUUAACGACCCUCGCCUAUACUACGAAUGUAUUGACACCAUCCCAAAAGUGGAUAACGUUACCAUGGCACUUAAACCACUCAGUGUCAAUUAUCCCUUGUUAACUCUGGAAUUCAAGUUAUGAUGAGGGAAAGAAGGUUAACGAGAACCUGACCUUUUUGAGUGCGCACGACUCCUAUACGAGUUACCUCGAGGCCACGAAUCGAUCAUGUAUUUUCAGCAGAGGAUUACUUGGAAACGGUUGAUUUUUUUACCUUUCAGACGAUUGAAAAACGAAGAGCAAUAUUCAGACAGGAAAGAUUAUGUGAUUUGCGUCAGUACCGCUGAUUUGCGGUUGAAAUAUGGGACAAAAUGAAAAGGAAGCGUCUGAAUGUCAUUUGUUUUUAUUCCUUCCACGCAGAUAAUUAGUGGAUAUCGUAAACAGAAUUAACAAAACCAACCUAAUUUAAUGCUUGUCAUCGACAAAUGAACGCUAUUGUUGCUGAAAAUUCAAUAAAUUCUUUACUACCACUGCAUCUCUUUAACGUAAAAAAAACCGGAACCCUUCAGAACAAUAAUUAAUUCAUUAAUUCCAUGUUUUAACGCUUUCUAAUCAAUGUUAAAGUAAAAAAAUUCAUUUAAACCUUGCUUUUUUUAAAGAAGCUUAUCCCGUAAACACAUUGUGCAAAUUACUGUCUAAAACUCUAUUAGUGAAUCAGCUUCGUCUUAUCGCAUUACAAAGCAUUAAAGAGAUCUAGUUUCAAUGAAAACGCAAUACACGAUUUCUAUUUAAGAAUAAAACGUUUUUACGUAAACUUUAUAGGAAGAGCAGUUUAGAACUGAUAGAGCUAUCCAGUAUGAAGUCAGAGAUUUAGGAGGAACAGUUUAGAACUGAUAGAGCUAUCCAGUAUAAAUAAAGUUAGUUUAGUUUAGGUUUCAGUCCUGUAGAAACACUUGAUCAAUGACAAUAAGAGAUGAUCCUUACUGGACCUCUAGGAAGAAUAGUUUAGA